AUGGAGCACGGCAUCGAGUGGGUCUGUCACAUCCCCUGUAACACAACAGCUGCUGGGAAGACAGAGGUACAAUGGACUGUUAAAAUGGACUCUGAAAGCAGUGGGAGAGGAGUCUUCAAACACUGGGACACAAAUUUAGCAAAGGACACCUGGUUAGUCAACACAAGAGGAUCCACCAAUCAAGCUGGCCCUGCCCAGUCAAAACUCCUGUGUGCUGUAGAAAGGGAUAAUGUCCCCAUCAUGCACAUGAAGAAUGUGUUAGGGAAGAUGGUCUGGGUUAACCCUGCUUCUGGCAAAGGCAAACUCAUCCAUGGGAUUGCUUUUGCUCUAGGACCUGGAUGCACCUGGGAGGUGCAAGCAAGCCAGCGCUCUGUGGCCAUAAUUGCUGAGAUGAUCCACACAGCUAGCCUAGUUCAUGAUGAUGUUAUUGAUGAUGCAAAUUCUCGCAGAGGAAAAAUGACAGUCAACCAAAUUUGGGGAGAGAGGAAGGCUGUUCUAGCUGGUGACUUCAUCCUCUCAGCUGCUUCCGUAGCGUUAGCGCGAAUUGGAAACACUACUAUCAUCUCUGUUCUCACUCAGGUGAUUGAAGAUCUGGUGCGUGGUGAAUUCCUCCAGUUGGGUUCCAAGGAAAAUGAGAAUGAGAGAUUUGCUCACUACCUCGAGAAGACUUUUAAGAAGACUGCAAGUCUUAUAGCAAACAGUUGUAAAGCAGUUUCAAUUCUAGGCUGCCCUGAUCCCAAAGUUCAUGAGAUUGCAUACCAGUACGGAAAAAAUGUUGGCAUAGCUUUUCAGCUAAUAGAUGAUGUGCUGGAUUUUACAUCGUGUGCUGACCAUCUGGGGAAACCAACAGCAGCAGAUCUGAAGCUUGGAUUAGCCACAGGCCCCGUCUUGUUUGCUUGUCGACAGUUUCCAGAAAUGAAUGCUAUGAUAAUGAGACGAUUCAGUAAGCCAGGAGAUGUUGAACGUGCUCGGCAAUACGUAUUGGAGAGCGACGGUGUGCAGCAGACGACCUACCUCGCCCAGCGCUACUGCCACGCAGCCACCAGGGAGAUCCGCAAGCUGCGGCCGUCCCCCGAGCGCCAGGCCCUCAUCCAGCUGACGGAGAUGGUGCUCCUGCGGGACAAGUGA